AUGGAUGUUUUCAAAAUUUUUACGUCUGCUGCACUAAUUUCAUUAUCCGCGUCCUCGAUUUGGGAAUCUUGGGUUCAAACUGUCACCGUUGUGAAUCAAGGUACUUGCGGGCGACAUGUCAAAUUUACUAGCGUUAAGGGUGGCUAUGCUCUUCAGGGUCACGUGAUUAAAAAUCUUACUCUACACUUGGAUAUACGUAAUCCCUGCGGAGGUCAAUGUGUUAUGCAAAGUCGCUGCGUGUCAUACAACAUCGGCCCACCAAUAAACGACAAAGUGAUUUGCGAGCUGAGCGAUUCAGAUCAGUAUUUACAUCCUGAUGAUCUCAAACCACGACCAGGCUUUACCUACACCGGCACUGAGAAUGCGUGCUCCAGUAAUCCUUGCUUCUUUAAUGGAACAUGUCUGAGUGGAUUUACAAACAAGAAAUACCACUGCGUGUGUCCAGCUUGCUCUACAGGAGAAAACUGCGAAAUAGCUAAAUUUCAGACCUGCAAUGAACUGUAUGACAGCAACUUGUCUGAAGGUAACAAAGCUUAUCCCCUGAAACUAGGAUCAGCCACUUUUCCUGUCUACUGUCACAUGACUAAUGACCUUGGAUCAUGCGGAGGUGGUGGAUGGACGCUGGUCAUGAAGAUCAAUGGCAAUAAGAGCACUUUUCAUUAUGACUCUACGUACUGGAAUGACAGAAAUGAAUACAACCUUCCUGGAGGGGAGACUGGAUUUGACAUGCAAGAGACCAAGUUACCGACUUACUGGAACAUACCAUUUUCGAAGAUUUGCCUCGGAAUGAAGAUUGGACAACAGACAAAGUUUAUUAUUAUCAGCAAGACCGCCAACUCUCUGUACUCACUGAUCGCCGAUGGGCAAUAUCGGGCCACCUCAAUGGACCGAAACAUGUGGCAGACGCUGAUUGGUUCCCAGUACUCUCUGCAGUUAAACUGUAAUAAGGAAGGGUUCAAUUCCUUUUGCGUCAGUUCUUGUAGAGCCAGAAUUGGUAUCGUCGCUAAUAAUGAAAAUAACUGCCUCAGUUGUGAUUCCAGAAUAGGAUUUGGAACAGGAGGGCAUCCAGAUGACUCUAACGCGUGCGGAAACACGGUUAAGUACAAUGGAAGAAAUGGCGACAAAGACGUCAAAACCAUGGGAUAUAUUUUGGUGCAAUGACAAAAGAAAAAAACAAAACAAAAAAAAAAAUAGAUGUAACCCAGCGAUAGAAAGUAUGCGCUC